AUGGUGGGGAGGAGGAAGCCACUAGUACUCACUUCCACUAAAACUCUCAUCAAAUCCCUACUCUCUUCCCCGCCGGGAGGCCUCACCUCCGGCGACGAUCACCCACUCUCCGCCUCCGAUGACGUCACCACCAGCUUCCAGCUGCUUCCGCCGGGAAUUCUCCGAUUCUACGUCGACCGGAGCCCCAAAUCGGCUUCUCUCGACGACUCUGCUCUCGUCGGCCUCUCCACUUCUCUCCUCAAACGCCUCUACAUCACCUCCGGCUCCCUGGUGCUUGUGAAGAAUAUGGAGACAAACAUACAAAGAAUUGCUCAGGUCAUUGUUGUGGAUCCACCGGACCGCUCCGAGAACACUGAACUAUCUGCUGGCCAGUCUUCCCACGCAAUGCUUGUUCUGCCUUGUUGCACUUUGCCUGGAAAUGGCCACAUGUUGUUAGAUCAGGAAGUUGCGUAUAUGUCGCCUAUGUUGGCGUUUAACAUUGACUUGCAUACAUUGUGCUUGAAAUCGCUUGUUCACAGAGGGGAAGCGGCGUUGGCGUCUUAUUUUGGGGAUGGGGUGGAUGAUGAGGCGAGUGGGAAAGGGAUUGGGGGUUCUGUGAUUGGGAUACAGCCGCAUUUGGAGUUGCCGAGAUAUGCUUCGCACUUGAGGGCUUCGUUUGUGAAGGUACCGGAAUGUGGUAGUCUUGACUCUCUUAGAGGGAAUUCGGCUGUUGAACAUGAAGAUCGUCAAGAAAUGAUAGAUUCGGCACUGCAUAGCUACUUUGAGGUUGAUAGGUAUCUAGCAAGAGGUGAUGUUUUCAGUGUUUGUAUAAAGUGGAAUUGCAAGUCAAUGGUUUGCGUUCCUUGCGACCAAAGUUUGGAAAAUGGGGUUGAUAACACUAUCUAUUUCAAGGUUGUGGCUAUGGAACCUUUGGACAAACCAAUUCUCCGAGUUAACCGUUCUCAAACUGCCCUUGUGCUUGGAGGAAGCGUCUCUUCUGCUGUGCCCCCUGAUUUAUUGAUUGCUGGACAAAAAGGUUUUGUACCUUUGCAAGGGGACACAGUGAAAAUGUUGGCCUCCAUACUUACUCCGCUUCUGUGCCCCUCAGCACUAUCCUCAAAAUUCAGAGUUUCUGUCCUAUUGUAUGGAUUGGCAGGAUGUGGGAAGAGAACGGUUAUUAGAUAUGUUGCUCGUCGAUUGGGCCUGCAUGUAGUUGAAUAUAGCUGUCAUAAUCUGACGACGUCAUCUGAAAAAAAGAUUUCUGUUGCACUAGCCCAAACCUUGAAUGCUGCUCAAAGAUACUCGCCAACUAUACUUCUUCUCCGCCAUUUUGAUGUUUUCCGGAAUUUGCAAGAAGGUUCACCAAAUGAUCAAGUUGGCAUCACUUCUGAAGUUGCAUCACUUAUAAGGGAAUUCACUGAGCCAAUUUUUGAUUCUGGAGAUAUGGAACAAAAACAAAAUGGUCAUACUGAUUCUGGGAAAGUAGGUAGGCAUCAAGUGCUGUUAAUUGCAGCUGCUGACAGUUCAGAAGGUCUACCGCCAACUAUUAGACGUUGCUUUAGCCAUGAAAUAAGUAUGGGUCCAUUGACUGAAGAACAAAGGGUUAAAAUGGUCUCAGAGUCUUUGCAGAAGGCUUCCGAAUUCCUUUCUAAUACUGAUUCGGAGGAUCUUAUAAAGGAUAUAGUUGCACAGACAUCUGGUUUCAUGCCCAGAGAUAUCUGUGCAUUGGUUGCUGAUGCUGGUGCAAACUUGAUUCCAAAAGGCAAUGCUCAGAUUGACACAGUGAAGUCUGAAGAAUCAGAUGCUUCUCUCAAAGAUUAUGUCGAAUCAGACAGUAAGUCCUGUGAAGUCACAUCUCCGAUUCUGGGAAAAGAAAGCUUGACAAAAGCAUUGGACAGAUCAAAGAAAAGGAAUGCAUCAGCCCUUGGUACUCCAAAGGUUCCUAACGUCAAAUGGGAAGAUGUUGGUGGUCUUGAGGAUGUGAAGAAAUCAAUCCUGGAUACUGUACAGUUACCUCUUCUGCACAAGGACUUGUUUUCAUCUGGCUUACGAAAGCGUUCUGGUGUUCUACUGUAUGGUCCACCGGGAACAGGGAAAACUCUGCUGGCAAAAGCUGUUGCAACUGAGUGCUCCCUAAAUUUUCUCAGUGUAAAAGGACCUGAACUCAUUAAUAUGUACAUAGGAGAGUCAGAAAAGAAUAUCAGAGACAUUUUCCAGAAGGCUAGAUCAGCACGCCCAUGUGUUAUAUUUUUUGAUGAACUUGAUUCCCUUGCUCCAGCCCGAGGUGCAUCUGGGGAUUCUGGGGGUGUCAUGGACAGAGUGGUUUCUCAGAUGCUUGCAGAGAUUGAUGGCCUAAAUGAUUCAACUCAGGACUUGUUUAUAAUUGGAGCAAGUAACAGACCAGAUCUAAUUGACCCAGCACUUCUACGGCCUGGCCGGUUUGAUAAGUUGCUUUAUGUUGGAGUUGUGUCUGAUCCAUCUUACAGAGAACGGGUUCUCAAAGCUCUUACCCGAAAGUUUAAGUUACAUGAAGAUGUUUCACUUUAUUCAAUAGCGAAGAAAUGUCCACCAACCUUCACUGGUGCAGACAUGUAUGCCUUGUGUGCGGAUGCUUGGUUUAGUGCAGCUAAGCGUAAGGUUUUGAGUUCAGAUUCAGAUUCCUCUUCCAUAGAUGACCAACCUGACUCUGUUAUUGUUGAAUAUGAUGAUUUUGUCAAGGUCUUAAAGGAGCUAUCGCCCUCACUCUCCACAGCCGAGCUUAGGAAGUAUGAGCUGCUGCGAGAUCAGUUUGAAGGUUCUUCCAAAUGAUUUCUCCUCAAUUAAGGAGGUCAAAUUACAGAUCACUUCUUAUACUCGCUUAACUGUUGUCUGUUGAUGAAGCUUUUUCAUAGUAGGAUGUACCACUAAGAGAAAAAUAGAUAGUAAUAAUCAUAAUAAUUUGAGAAUUAAUAGAACAAAUAGAUAGAAAGACUUGUCCUUCCGAUCCCAUUCAC